CUCUGGCCCUCACCCAGACAGGGGCGGGCCUGCUGGCGGGGCAUUUAAACCGCAGCCAACGCUGGCCGAGACACGGCGGCUCUGCGCCCUCGGUUUGCCAGGCAAGAUGCGGUCCUCUCUGGCUCCAGGUGUCUGGUUCCUCCGUGCCUUCUCCAGGGACAGCUGGUUCCGUGGCUUCAUCCUGCUGCUCACUUUCCUUAUUUAUACCUGUUAUCACAUGUCCAGGAAGCCCAUCAGCAUCGUCAAGAGCCGUCUGCACCAGAACUGCUCCGAGUUGAUCAGGCCCGAUAAUGAUACUCACGAUUUCAAUGAUACCACGUGGUGCAGCUGGAGUCCAUUUGACAAAGAUGACUACAAGGAGUUACUGGGGGCCGUGGACAAUGCCUUCCUGGUGGCCUAUGCUAUCGGCAUGUUUAUCAGUGGAAUUUUUGGAGAGCGGCUGCCCCUCCGUUACUACCUUUCAGCUGGAAUGCUGCUCAGUGGCUUGUUUACCUCCCUCUUGGGCCUGGGGUAUUUCUGGAACAUCCACAUGCUUUGGUACUUUGUGCUCAUCCAGAUCUGCAAUGGACUUGUUCAGACCACUGGCUGGCCCUCUGUGGUGACUUGUGUUGGCAACUGGUUCGGAAAGGGAAAGAGAGGCUUCAUCAUGGGUAUCUGGAAUUCCCACACAUCUGUGGGCAACAUCCUGGGCUCCCUGAUCGCUGGUGUCUGGGUGAACCAACAGUGGGGCUUGUCAUUUAUUGUGCCUGGCAUCAUCACUGCUGUCGUGGGCAUCAUCACCUUCCUUUUUCUCAUUGAAUAUCCAGAAGACGUGGAUUGCACCCCUCCACAGCACCAUGAUGACAUGGAGAAGGAACAAGACAACCCUGAGGAUCCUGGGAAUGGUCCUUACACGAACAGGGAGAGCGUCAUGGAAACUGCAGCUAGCUUCUCCAAGGAGCAGGACCCUGAGCCUGCAGCCAUCAGCUUUCUGGGGGCACUCAAGAUCCCGGGUGUGAUUGAGUUCUCUUUGUGUCUGCUCUUUGCCAAGCUGGUCAGCUACACCUUUCUCUACUGGUUGCCUCUGUACAUCUUCAACGUGGCUCGUUUUAGUGCCAAGGAGGCUGGGGAUCUAUCCACACUCUUUGAUGUUGGUGGCAUCAUAGGCGGCAUUGCGGCAGGGCUCAUCUCUGACUACACCAAUGGCAGGGCCACCACUUGCUGCAUCAUGCUCAUCUUGGCUGCUCCCAUGAUGUUUCUGUAUAAUUACGUUGGCCAGAAUGGGAUAACCAGCUCCAUAGUGAUGCUGAUUAUCUGUGGGCUCCUGGUCAAUGGUCCUUAUGCACUCAUCACCACAGCAGUCUCUGCUGACCUGGGCACUCAUGAGAGCUUGAAGGGUAAUGCCAAGGCCCUCUCCACCGUCACAGCCAUCAUCGACGGCACUGGCUCCAUAGGUGCUGCUCUGGGGCCCCUUCUGGCUGGGCUCAUUUCCCCGACAGGCUGGAAUAAUGUCUUCUAUAUGCUUAUUACUGCCGACAUCCUGGCCUGUUUGCUCCUCUGCAGGUUGGUGUAUAAAGAGAUCCUGGCUUGGAAGACGUCCUGGAGCAGAAGUAGUGGGUAUAAAGAAAUCUGAGACCUCAACUGGAAGAGAAGCAUGCAGGGUCCAGGGUGAGCACCCAAAGGGCUCCCUAUGGGAAAGAAAAUGAAAACUUCCACUGCAAGAUGAGGCAGUGCCUCCUGACCAAACACCAACCAGCUCAGCCAAGUCCAGCCUAAACCCAUACUGUCACUAAGGGUACAGAAGAUUCUAUGGGAAGGGACCCCAGCACCAAGCAUGGGGAAAUGGAAAACUCUGGAACCUGAGCUCUAGAAGCUACAAGCAGAAGGGACAGGCUGAGAACAGAGGGGAAGGACAUGCUUAGACUCCUGCUUGUUCAGAUUUCAAGCAAGGGCCAAGGCCUGGAAAAAGUACAUCUAUCCUUCCCAUGUUAAAAGUUUUAACCUCUGCAAUUAGCCUGUACCUAUGGAGGCAUCUCAUCUUGUUUCAAAGGUGCUGGGCCUCUUUGUCCCUUUGUCCAUGAACUAGUCUUCUUUAUGUAUUUUCCCAAGUUGGAUCCUCUUCAUCUAUCCUCUUGUUGAUCCUGUUGAUAAUUCAACCACUUUGAAGCAUUAGAGCUGCUCUUACACAGCUCCCUAUGGGAAAGAGACAAGGCUAGGGUAAGGUAAGGAGCUGCCUUGGGGCACAGAAUGUAAGGGGAUGCUCACUCUUGGGCUCCUAAGCAUGCCCACCCUCAGGGUUGAGUGCCUUCCUUGCUUCACCCCGGUCUUAAGACCCCUGAAGGCUCCUUGGUGGAUGAAGUCAUUGGGGUCAGUGCUACGGAGACUGAGGGAGGUUUGCAUGGCUGAAAAUACUAGUGUGUGUUAAGCACUGGGUGUCCACUGCAUGCUGUAGGAAUGAACAGGAAAAUGGACACAGAAAGGACUUAAUCCUGAACACAGGUGCCAAGUCUACUAAGAAAUGAGGGUACUGCUUGGUUCAUCUGAAGCUGCUAAUGUGCAAUUGCUUGGAGCCAUGUGCGGUCACCUCGGCCCAAUGUUUUCAUGCACAUGCUCCUUCCAUCCCAAGUCCUGGAUCACUACAAGCCAUGCCGACUCCUGACAUUUCUGCCCAUCAG